AUCUCUCCCCGCCUUUAUCCACAUUUUCUCAUCCCCCCUCUUCUCGUCAGCCAUGUCUUCAAGAGCUUUGCCAGAUUGCUGGGGUCAUCGUGGUGCUUCAUCAGUAUUCCCCGAAAACACGCUCGCAAGCUUUGAAGCUGCCAUCCGGGAUGGAGCAGAAGGCAUCGAGAGCGACGUCCAUGUAUCGCUGGAUGAUAUCGUCCUCAUGUUUCACGAUCCCGCUUUGGGCAGAACCACAGAUUCGACAGGGUUGAUCCGAGAGCGUACAUGGCACGGCAAAGACGGAAUGGAGCACGUCCGGACUGUCAAAGAACCCAAACAAGCAAUACCGACAUUUGCGGAAACCGUCACGCUCCUCAUGAAGCCCGAGAACCAGCACGUCAAGUUUAAUGUUGACGUCAAGGUUCAAAACGAUCCUGAUCGUUUGUUUUCUCUUAUGCAUGAUAUUAUCUCGACCCAGGAGGACUGGGAAACGAAGCUUGCACCACGGAUCCUCCUCGGACUUUGGCAUCCGCGGUUCUUGGCUUUUGCCAAAAACCGUCUACCGUACUGUCGCCGUUCGCAUAUUGGCAACAGUAUCCAGCUUGCGCGCCAGUAUUUUUGGGAUGACGUGGAAGUUUUUUCGAUGUCCUUCGCUGCGCUGACCACGGCGGAAGGUCAAAAGUUCCGGAGUGACUGUAAGGCGGCUGGAAAGAAGGUUAUGGUGUGGACGGUCAAUGAUCCAGAACAUAUGAUGGAAGCCGUCCGAUGGGGCGUUGACGUUAUUCUCACCGAUUUCACGAGAAGAUGGUUGGGAUUGCGUGCCGCUCUCCAAGUGGACUAUGACGACAUGAUCACUCGCUACGGGCGUAUUUUCUUGUGGACGACUUGGAAGUUUUACAGUCCUUGUGUCAGUGCGGCGACGAAGGCGAACCAGUUGUAUUUGGAGAGUGUUGCUGGUCCAUUUGCGGACUUUGGCAAUGUAGCACCAAUAGAGGUGAUGCAUGCCUGAAGCGGAGGAACAGGAACCACCAUUAUUUGAGCGCUGGGGAAGCUUUUUUAUCACAUCCCUGAUACCUAGAUCAUUUUCUGCCGUAGACGAUUUUCCUAAUUGUGCAUUGUGUUUUUAUAUCCAUUAAAUAUUGCGCCUUGCUGUUCUUGAAUCAUACACUGAUAUUUUUCUCUCUCUGGGUCUUAUGUCUUAUGUUGCAAUGAAUGACUAUUUUUCUGUGAUGGAAUGA